AUGAGAAGUAGGCCCACAUAUAUCCAGAUUUCUCUCGGUGUUAAAGAAGGAAGAAAAAAGAAGCGAAAAGGAGAGAGCGAGGACAACAGGUGGAAGAACGAACGUAACAAACUCAUCUGUCACCUUAUUCAAAGGUUGAAGAUCGGUCAAUGCUGCGACCAGCAAUUUCCGACAAACAAUGCAAAGAGUGUGCCUGGUGUCAUUGUCACCCGAAAGUGGAUGACUGUCAUGGAAUGCGAAGAGGACUCUGAUGUGGAGCAGUCAUGGGAAGGAGGUAGGGAAAAUAGAGGUGAUAUUUUUUUCGCACCCUUCCCUGACUUAACGUAG